UGUAGCAUUUUGGCCACAAGAGCGCGCGCCUGAGCCACAUUAGAGGCGGUGAAGAUGCCAACAAUCUCAUCUCGAGUCCGGAAUAUUUUGGGCAAAAGAAAGCAUUUCAUUCCAAACACAAUCAAGACACACCGGAGGGAGUCUGCGGCUUAGUUUCACAAACAUCUUUCUGUCUUGCACGAUGAUCCCCGGUAAUCCAGAUGUUGGACAUACAGUGGCUUUUUAUUUAAUUUUUCUCUCGUUCCUUCCUGUCAACCUUGCCACCAGCAACUCAAGACAAGGCUCCCAGAAGCAGAAUACUGAGGAAGUAUUCUAUGACAGCCAACUAGACCUUCGGGAAAUAGUGUUUGUGAUACAGAGCCAGAGUAAUUCGUACCACGUCAGGCAAGCGGAGAGACGGAGAGAGGACCUGUUACAACAGACUCAGAGCCUCACACAGCCCCCUCCUCUGGUCCUGUUCCUCCACAGUUUGACAGACAAUGAGGGAGACUGGAGCAUCCUACCUCUGCUGCCUUACUUCUCCUUGUCAUUUGGGAAGAACUCUUCCUGGUUAGUGUUUCUGGAAGAAGAGACUAAGGUGAAGGUGACCAAGCUGCUCCAGAUCCUCAGGAAGUUUGACAGGAGAAAAGAAUGGUUCCUGGGUAAACCUCUCCAUGAUGAAGAGUCGACCAUCAUCCACCACUACGCCUUUGCUGAGAAUCCCUCGAUCUUCAAAUACCCAGACUUCUCUGCUGCUUGGGCCCUCAGUUUUCCACUGGUUGACCGGUUGGCAAACAAAGUGAAAGAUGACCCACUGAAGUCUGACUUCACAAUUGAUCUAAAGCAUGAGGUUGCUCUGUAUAUCUGGGAGAACGGCCAAGGCCCUCGUCUAACAGGAGUCCCAGAACUGUGUACAGAGUCAGAGGCCUCUCAAGCUGCCCAACACUGUGCUACCACUCUCAGCAACCUGUCUCCCCUUUGUGGAGACCCUGUGAAAAAGGAAGAAAUAUUUGUCGCCGUGAAAACCUGUAAGAAAUUUCACAAUGAGAGAGUCCCAGUUGUCAAGAAGACGUGGGAGAGAGAUGCCUCUCUGUUGGAGUAUUACAGUGAUCAUGCCGACCCUACCAUACCCACCAUCGACCUUGGAGUCCCUAACACUGAGAGAGGUCAUUGUGGGAAGACGUUUGCCAUCAUGAAGAGGUAUGUCAGUGAAGCGGUGCCAAAAACGAGCUGGCUGCUGGUGGUGGAUGAUGACACGCUCAUCAGCCUGCCCAGACUGCAAAUGCUGCUGAGCUGUUAUGACCCAUCUGAACCAGUGUGUCUGGGGGAGAGGUACGGCUAUGGACUGGGCCAGGGGGGAUACAGUUACAUCACCGGAGGAGGGGGGAUGGUGUUCAGUAGGACUGCAGUGAUGAAGCUCUUAGCCAGUGGCUGCAAGUGUUACAGUGACGAUGCCCCUGACGACAUGGUGCUGGGAAUGUGUUUCAAUGCUCUUGGGCUUCCCGUCACACAUAGCCCUCUCUUCCACCAGGCUCGACCUGAAGACUACUCCAGGGAGUUCCUGAACCACCAGGUACCCAUCUCCUUCCACAAACACUGGAACAUAGACCCCAUCGCUGUCUUCAACAGGUGGCUAAAAGACGGGUUGACGUCAGAAAUCCCUCAGAAAUUUAUGAAGAGCACAAAGGAAGAGUUAUAGUGACGUUGGGCACCAGUCUCUACUGCCAACUCCUAACGGAAUUGUAAUGGCAAACAAUGUUUAGCCUGCCAAUGAUAAUGGAGAAGGCAAAGAAACAGGACCAGGCUUAUGUCUCAGCCUUUGUGUGUGUUUGUGUGGAAUGAUGGGCAAAGGUAGUUCAGCACGAUUCCUUUAUCUGUGUAAACAUUUUCAAUGUUGUGAAUCUUGCAGAGAUGUAAUUUGGAAGGUACAUGCUAGUCUCUGUUCAUACCUGUGUCAGGAAAAAUUUUCAUUCAUUAGGCUGGGAUUCAUUCCAAGGAACAGCACUAUAUUAAAGCAAUAAAACACAAAGUGGUUUUGUUUGGCCAGUAUUCCAUAGCUAAGAGUUGUCCAUAGGCACAAUUAGUCACAGAGUAUACUAGGAUACAUGACUUAGUUGUGGUAUAUUGGCACUUUACCAAAAACACCUAAAAUUAUUUAUUGAUAUUAUAAACCAGUUACCAAUGUGGUUCAACUGGUUUAUAGUGAAAUUGUAAAGAUAAUGUAGGCUUGAGCUGAUGUGCGUAGCAUUUUCCAUGAACGCAACCUCUGCACAUUUUAGAAGGCAGUGUCGACCAUUUUGUGCCCAGCAUAAUAACAGGCCUUGAAUUGAAUCCCUGCCAUAGUUUUGCAUGUUGAGGUUAUCAAUGUGUGUUUGGAUAUUGUCUGUGUAUAUUUAUAUAUUAUAUAAUCUAAUUCUUGCUAAGUUGAACAAUUAAACUUUUUCUUAAGUAUGUUUAACAAUAUUACUAAAUACUGUAUAAUGUGUAUACUUUUUUAAUAUAAAAGACUAA